AAUCCCACGCAACGUGCUCUUCACGUACGGCACAAUUGCUCUGAUCGGCUGCCAUAAAUUUUCUUAGCGGCACCAUCGAUGUGCUUAGGUCCAUUGUAGCAGCAUGGCGAACGCCAUCAGGUCCAAGUAUGUCUUUAAGGCUUGUGCUCUCGUCUUUGACUUUCUGUCGAACGUUAAUCGUCACCUUUGAGACGAACACCUCACAUUUACUCUCGCAGUAUGGCUGACCAGUCGAUGCGAGACUACGGUCUUGCGGCGCCUCAUGGCCCCAACAUGAACGGCCAGCAUGUCGCGACUGACAAUAUUGCCAACCACAUGGGCGGCGACAUGAGCGCCAACGAGAGCUCGGUCUUCCGCACUCUCCUCCUCCCAGACGACAAUUACGAUGAGAACGGCGUCUACUGGGCUGAUAUGCCCAUCAUGAAGCGUAUUGGUUUCGUCAACAAGAUCAACAAUGCAGAGGCUGCGAAGGAGCUUCGCACAAUUGGCCGCAUGAUUGCGUCUGAUCCUCUCAGCCCGGUGAGCUUUUACAUUCGCAACAUGGUCAUUCCAGGUGCUGGUUUGCUUCUCGAAGGUUACGUGCUCUUCUCUAUCGGCAACGUCAAGCCACUCCUUCAGGCAUCUUUCCCUGGCUGCUGGACUCACUACACAGUUUGCAACAAGACUUGGACUCAGGCCAUCGAUUACCUUGAAAUCUGCGGUAUCAUUGUCGGUCAGAUUCUGGUUGGUAUCAUCGGUGACUGGCUUGGUCGCCGCUGGGGUCUGAUCCAGGAUGCCGCUAUCAUGUUCAUCGGUCUUGUUAUGCUUACAGCUGCGUGGGGAACUACGCUCAAUGGCUGGGUCAUCUGCUAUGUCUGGUCGCUAUUCUUCUACGGUAUCGGUGUCGGUGGUGAAUACCCGAUGACGGCCACUGCUGGUAUGGAGAACGCUGUUGGCUCAGGCAAGAUCUCCACCCGCGAUGACCGUCUGCACCGUGGCCGCAAGGUCACCUCCGCCUUCUUGAUGCAGGGCUGGGGCCAGUUCCUCAACCAAGCCAUCCUGAUUCUCCUGCUUCUCAUCUUCCACCGUGGCAAUGGCCGACCGCCAUACGGCCGCGUCGUUACUCAGUGGACAUACCGUGUGUCCUUCGCCAUUCCGGCAGUUGGCACCUUGUGGCUCGUUUACUAUCGUAUCUAUAAGAUGCGGUCGGCAUCCAAGCAACUCCAGCUUGCGAAGAAGAAGCAGCAUGUCACAGGCUACGACGUACAGUCUCUGAAGAUGACGUUCAGCUACUUCGGUGGCCGCCUUAUUGCUACUGCCGGUGGCUGGUACGCAAACGACGUCUUCUUUUACGGCAACAAGCUGUUCCAGGGUGAAUUCAUCGCCGCUCUCAACCCAGGCACAAAGUCCGUCAUGGUCAACUGGCUCUGGAACCUGGUAAACGUUGGCGUUGAACUCGUCGGCUACUACCUGGCAUCAUUCCUUAUUGACAACAAGCUGUACGGCCGCAAGUGGAUGCAGAUCAUUGGCUUUAUCGGCUGCUUCAUCUGCUUCGUCAUCCCUCGUUUUGGUGGUUUCGAAUACUUCUCAGAAGGUGCCGGCAUUCACCGUUUCAUGGCUAUGUACUUCCUGUCCUCGUUCUUCAACCAGUUUGGCCCGAAUUCUGUCUCCUUCCUUGUCGCCGCGGAGGUUUUCCCCACGCCAGUCCGUGCAACGGCUCACGGCUUCUCUGCUGCGUGCGGUAAACUCGGUGCUCUGACGGCGGCCGUUCUGUACAACUACAUCGGCACUGAGGAGCGUUUCCUGGUCGUACCUUGGUUCGGUCUUGGCGGCGCUAUCCUCACUUACCUUUUCCUACCGGAUACCACCGGCCUUGAUCUCAAGGAACAGGAACGUCGCUGGGCAUUUAUCAAAGCGGGCCGCGAGCACGACUACCACGGCAUUGCCAUUCACCCAAAGCAUCUGUCCCUCUGGGAGCGCCUCCGUGGUGUCGGCAAGCACUACAACGCCGAAGAGGACUACAAGCAGCGCGUUGAGGAGAUGCGUGCCGAUUGGGAGUCCGCUAUGGCCCGGCGCGCAAUGGAGAAGGAUGCCAACGAGCCGGAGGAGGACGACGACUGGAGCUCGGAGGUUAGCACUUUCUUCGAACGUACCCGUGGUCAGAAGGCUGGCCUCAAUGGCUUCAACGGCGAGAAGCUACGCGAGGAUAUGUAAAAGCUGUUCGUUACAUUGAGGUAUCGUGCGGAAUAACCGAAACGUGUUCGCCGUGAUAUUGCGCACUGAGCUUGUAUAACAGAAGCUUUACGAGGGUACGGCAGCGUCUUUUGCUUGCUGUAUCUAACAGGAUGUUGAAUAGAUUGUGUAAUGAUGGAUAGCGAAAGGAUC